AGUAUUAAAAUAAAUUUUUUUAAUAUUCCAAACAUGUUUUCGCGUUAUCAAACGAUAUCUAACUCACAUUUACGUUGUAUACGAUUGGAUACGGACGAGAUUCACAUCUGAAUUAGAUACACUCAGAUAUGAUUAGAUAUAUACAUUUUUCCCGGGUACGUACAUCGAGAAAAUGUUUAUAAAAUGCGGAGGAAUGCGAAUACUCAAGUCUGGGUUUUAUCGUCCGAUUUAUCGAUGACUUUUGCCCGAUCGUCCGACAAAUCGUACACCGUAUUUUCGUCCGUUUCAUUUUUUUUCCGCCGCGAUAAAAUGGAGUCAAUUUUCCGUGGCACGAAUUCUACAUGGUAUUUAUGCUUAAAUCGGCGCAUGGGAGUGUCGUAUGAUUCGAUCGAGGUGGCAAUCGAUUAUUUCCUCUUUAACUUUCGCGGUACCGCUGGGCUACGUCGGUCUUAAACGUUACGCGAGGUAAUUCCAGAUUAUAACACGUAGCCCUUGGCCAAUUUAAUUAUUUAUUGAAUUUUUAUAUGUCACGAUUGCAUAAGUAAACAUUACACGCGAAUACCUUAAUGUAACAAUAAGUAAAAACGUUUCAAUCUGCGAUAUUAUGUAAUUCGAAGAUUUUGCAAUUUAAUCGAAAUCGAUAUUGCUAAGAUUUCCCUUAGAUGUAUGUGUAGAUGUAUAUAGAUGUUAUCUGAAGGAUAUCUUGCAUAAAAAGUAUGUGUACCAAGGUUACUGGUAGUCAGUGGGUUGGCUCGAUUGAUAUGAAGCCAAACGAUCAGGCAGAUGCAAAUGUGAUUGUAAAUCCUAACGCCAAUUGGCAGCAGCAGCAAACGGAGAUCUUGACCCAAAUAAAAGAUACACUGAAAGACGAAAAAGUCGACGGCAUUAUCUGCGUGGCUGGAGGAUGGGCCGGUGGUAAUGCGGCGAACAAAGAUCUCGUGAAAAACAGCGACUUAAUGUGGAAACAGAGCGUAUGGAGCUCCGUUAUAGCUGCCAGUAUCGCGGUUGAAUACCUGAAGGAAGGAGGAUUUCUUUCUUUAACUGGUGCUAAGCCGGCCCUAGAAGGAACACCAGGUAUGAUUGGCUACGGUAUGGCAAAGGCGGCUGUUCAUCAAUUGACAAAAUCUUUGGCGGCUGAAGGUAGCGGUCUUCCUUCCAAAAGUUUGGUUGCUUGCAUCCUACCAGUUACCUUGGACACGCCAAUGAACAGGAAAUGGAUGCCUAAAGCUGAUACAGGCACUUGGACUCCACUCGAAUUUGUGUCAAACUUGUUCUGGAAGUGGUCUCAAAAUCAAGAUCGGCCUGCUAACGGUUCUCUCCUGAAACUCAUUACUAAUGACAAUAAGACGGAACUGAUCACGGCUUAAAGAUGUCGAAGGAAUAAAAUUCAUGGGAACAAAACGAUAGUAUAGCUUGUUUAUUGUCACAGAAAGUGUAGAAAUAUGUUUAUGAGAUGACAAAUCCUCCAAAUAUUAUUUUUAUAUCAAGAAUCUAUAGUUUAUGUUUUUAAACAUUCCAACACUACUACAUUUGUACGUUGUUGUAUAUGUAAGCCGUUUAAUUAUUUGUAAAAAGAUAAUUUUUGUGAACGUUAUACAACGAUAAUUUUUGUAUCAUAUGUAUAUUGACAUUUGUUGUAAAUGUAGAACAUAUAUACACAUACUAUUGAAUGUUGCAAAGACAAAACCAAAAAAAAAGAUAAUGCAUCACAAACUGUC